UGGCUCCUAGGGGAAUUUUGGAGAUGUGGGACGUGUAGUUGAGGGCGAUCUUUCGCCCACCGACGCGGGGCCACCCGCAUGCUCAUUGCCUGAUUGAUCAUCGGGAGCCAUGGAGUGCAUCAGCAUCAGGCAGGACCUGCACGUGGCGGAGUCUCCGCUCGGCUCGCCAUCCAGUAUGGGCCGGAGCAGCAGCAACAGCAGCGCGGGGCAGCUGCGCUCGAGGUCCUCGCGCCACGAUUCCUCCAGCCGAGAGCUGAGUCCAUGGCGGGCCCGCAAGGGCGCUGUGGUGCCGGCGGCCACCGACGACAAGCGCGUCUGCUUCGAUCGCCAAAACGAGCCGCGCCAGGAGUUCAGCCCGGCCUUCAGGCCGCGGCAGGCAUAUGGCCAGGGCAUUGAGAAGCACUUCUCAUGCUGCGACUUUGGAGCCAUCGCUGUGCAGAAUACCCAGAAGAAGUCUGAGCCGCCCAUGUCUCCUUUGUGGCUCUUCUGCGCUGGCCCCUCCCUAGAGCGGGCGCGGCCCCUCAUCAACGGCCUCCGCAAGUCGAACAUGGAGGUGCUCGUGAGGACCGAUGACCACCUGAAGUCAGAGAAUCCACCCAUCAAGAGCGGCGACUUUGUACUGGUGCUCUGGUCCCAGUUCUUCACCGGUCCUCACGGGGAGCGUUUGGCAGAGAUCUGUGAUGCUGCGGGCAAGAUGCAGGCCCGUGUCUUGAACGACAUCCGGAAGCUUCAGGAUAUGCAGGACCGGCGAUGGCUCCUCAGGAAGCUCCAGGACCACAGUUUGCCCACCCCCGGCUUCGUGGAGUGCUCGCGUGGCGGAGGAAACGACGUUCCUGACACCCUCAUCGAGGAACACGAGGACUACAUCGUGGUGGACGCCCGCAGGAUCAACAAGCCCUUCGUGGAGAAGCCGGUGGACCGCCGGGACCGCGAUAUCUACGUCUACUACCCCCGAGCCUCAGGGGGGGGUCGAGCCCUGCUCUCCACGAGGGAGUCGGGGGACGUGGAGUACGUGUGCCGCUUCGAGCCCCAGGGCCGCAUCCGCAAGGAGGGCUCCUUCAUCUACCAGGAGUAUCUUCAGAGCGAGGGCUUUGUCAUCCAGGUGGUUUGCGUCGGCGGCAACUCCUACGGCAAUGCAGUGCUUUCCGGCGUGGUCUCACGGGCGCGGGGCGAGGCGGUGUCCCGGCCACUGGGCACCGGCCCGGAGCCAUGCCCCGUGUGGCUCCGGCAGGAGGAGAAGAUCAUGGCCUCCAAGUUGCAGG